AUGGGCAUCCCCCUCCACGUCCCCAACCGCAACAGCGUCUCCUACAAAGUCGAGCACCUCAUCCAAGAAGUCAAAGACCGCUUCACCGACAACUCCAACCCCUGCGUCCUCACGCUCGGCUUCUCAAUCGAAUACCUCAUGAAAUCAACCGUGAGCAUGAUGUCGUCCGGCCCCAACAGCGUCCCCACAAUCUACAUCGCCGCCUCAGUCUACAAGGACUUCGAGCGUUUCUACAAAUGGCUGCAUGCCGCAGGGCUGAAUACCACCCGCCGCGUCAACCGCAGAAGUGUCCCCUACCACCUAAGCCCACUGGCGUCCCUAGAACCAGCAGAACUCAGCACGAACUUUAGGGCAGCUGAUGCGGCGGCCGUGGUCGUUGGACUGAGGUGGCAGAUGCAGAAUGGCCAUCCGCCUGCCACGCAGCUUGUUGAGCUUGGCGACAAGGGCAUGGCCGAGAUCCGCGCUGAGAUGUGGAAGCUGCAGCGGCAGAUGUUCAAGGUCGUCGACGUGAUGAUUCGGCUUGCGCAGGGGGCUGAGAAUGGCAAAGGACAGGAGUACAUGGAGCGGAUCUGCCCUUCGUAUCUGGGACCGGCCCUGGGGAACGCCAAUACCACGAUCCAUAACCUCUGGGUGUGCGCAGAGCAGGCAGGGCUUUCGGAGGAUUCCGUCCAGGGUCUCGAUGUCCUUUCUAUCCCGGAGACUGACGCGGAAAGCGAGGGUGAGAGCGAGAGCGACGAGGACGACGGGGCUCAAGUUCAAGCUGGAGUUGACGAGGACGGCGAUUACGAGGUUGAAGAAGACUCUGACGACGGAGGCUAUCAGGCGUUCCAGCACGCAAUCCCGAACUACAUUGCUGAGUUCGCUGGGCAUACGCUCAACCCUCUGGACGCUCAAGCUCAAGCUGAAGCCAACGCCAACCCCCUCGCAUUCGCCGCCGACGUCAACCACAACCAAAACAUCACCUCCCACCUCGACAUCCACCCUCCCAGCGCCCUCGGCCCUAACAACCCCGCAGCCGCCAACGAGCAAGUCGACGAAACCCGCUUCAACACCGUGCUCCAAACACACCUGACCCGAAUCGAGAACACGCUCCGCCCAUUCAUCGAAGCGAACCUCACCGAGGCCCUGCAGUACAUCGCGCAAAACCGCGGGAUCGAGUACCUUGAGAACAUUCUACCGUCUGGAGAAGGACAUGCGGAGGGUGACGCCCACGGCGGCUUCAUCGCCGAUGGUAUCUUGUUGAUGUAUGCAGAGUUCUCGCAUCCGGCGGAUACGACGUUUAGGGUUCUGCGCCAGCAUUUUAGGGCUUUGGGGGUCUGGCGCGAUUAG